AUUUUUAGUACAAAAUCACAAUGUCGAACAUCAGUUCCUCCCCUUCAAACUUACAAACCCCAGCUUCGCAGGGACUAUAACGCGACGCACGGGGGUUAACGCUUCGUAAAAUUGCCGAAACAGACUCCACCCUCUUUCUUCACCACACUCUCUUUCAAAAGAUUACUCUCAUAAUUUCAAAAAAACAAAGAAGAUUAUCAUUUUCAUCUUAUUUUGAAUCAACUCUCUUAUUCCUCUGAACUGUGUUGUUAGCGCGAAAAUCGAAAAGGGGUGUUAUUUAUGCGGUUAUGGCGACGGCGCCUGGUAACAGUUCGACGGCGAAGGUGGGAACCCUAAGUUUGGGAUCGCCGAUGUCUUCAAUGCCGCCGAAAUCGCAACGCGGUCAGAAUAAGCCCAAGUGCAAACAGUGUGGCAAUGUUGCUCGUUCUAGGUGUCCUUAUGAGUCAUGCAAGAGUUGUUGUUCUAGGAAUCAAAAUCCGUGUCCUAUUCAUGUGUUAAAAGCCAGUACAAUUCCUGACAACACUCCAUCUACUGGUGCUGCCCCACUUGAUCGGAAAUCCUUUGAACCACCUCCAUCAGUAAGUGCAGGUAGAGUUGCAUCACUCCGACAACUUUCAAAUAGUUUUGCUCAGUUCAAUAAUUUGCAUCUUUCACUUAGAUCAAAGAAACCGCUAACUAGAAAGGAUGCUGCAGCAAUAAAUGAGUGGAGAUUUUCCAAAUUGAAGGAAUACAAAGAGCAAAAUGUUGAAGCAGAAAAUGAAGCUUUCGAUCGAUACAUGCAAAAUGUAGAUUUACUGGAAGAAGUAUUAUCCGUGAAGCAUUCAGAUGAUAACGCGUCCUCCGUAUCUGAGGCUAAUCCUACUCCAAUGGAGAACAGUGAGAUCAUGAUCCCUGGGUUAAAAAUGCAGUUAAGGUCAAAUCCGACGAGGAGCGAUGGUGCGAGAAUAAGAAUAAAAAAAAUUGUUGACGAGGGACUAAAGAAGCUUAAGAAGCGUGCUGUAGAUGGUGACAGCAAUGAACCAAUCGAUGAAGUUAAUGAAUCUUCGAAUAAGAGAAAGAGGACUGAAAAGUUAUCUGCUAUCAGUGAUCUUAUGGACAAAAUCAAUAAAGCCCGAAGUGAGGAAGAUCUGCAGUCAUGCUUGGAGGUGAAGUUACAGCUUUUCAAUUCAGACGAAGACUCUGCCAUGGUACAAGCUACAGACAAUGAAAUGCAUCAGAAUCAAACUGCUGAAGGUGAUGUUGCACCAGCAAAAGAAUUGGAUUUUUCAUUACCGAAAUUGGUCAGUGCUACUGAAAUUGAUCAAGAAACUCUCAACACCAUAGACAAACACUUUUCUUCUCUUGAGUAUGUAGGGCAGUUAUGAGGUCAGAUUUAGUAGUUAAAAUUUUUCUUCUUCAGAAUGGAAGAAAUCUAAAUGCUGUGUUGUAUCAUUCAAGGAAAAUGUUAUGUAAAAUUAGAAUUAGUCAAAAUGGAAGUCUGACAAUGUCUUGAAAAAUCUGAACGAAUCCAUUUUUUGAAUUAUUGAAUUAGUUGGACCGUGAA